AUGCUGAAAGCCGUCUUCUACGCGCGAUUUCAUCCCGGUCGAGGUCCUUCUGUGAUCCACCAAUACCCAAACAAUACCAUUCGAGCCACGCCUGGCCACGAACCUCUGUUCCCAUGGAGCGACAUCUCUUCCUAUAUAAUCCCACCGUACGAUCUAUGCAACCAGCCAAUGUCAAUAUGCACCAAUGGCUAUAGGAUCAUUGCAUAUCCUGUCUCCCUUGAGCACGAAGAGUACCACAGGAACCGAUUCACAUUCAAUGUCUGCUUCGUGCUUGCAGAGGAUGAGGACGCGCAUCCUUGGCAGCAAGUAGCUCGGAAGACUGCGAGGUUCUUCACAGAAAUGGAGUGGGAUGACUGCAUGCUUCAGAAAGAAGAGGAUUCGGUCGAUGUUGGUAAGGUCUAUGGUCUCUUGGAGAGUAUUGUCGAGGAUUUGAACAAGUAUGGAGAAACUUGUGUCAGGAUUGACGGCGUGCACAUCUUGAAUCUAAGACUUGAGUAUCCAAAGGAGUACGCGAAAGAUGCUCCGGACAGGAUACGCGCUUGGGACGUGCCUUUACUGGUGAGGAGCGUGCCAUCACAGGGCGAGUGGACUUGGGACCUCACUCUUGUCCGAAUCUACGACUUCAUAGAUGGGAUAAAGCACGUGCAGAAGAUUGCUGAACUAGCCGACGUGGAAGUAAAGCUAGUCAAACGAGCUGUAAAAGAGCUGGUGCAUCACGGCAAGGCCAUUCUGCUCGAUAUUUUCCACUUCCAAGCAAUCUAUGCAUGCACGGACGAAAUGGUUUACCUUUUGGGAGACCCUGAGCUUCAAGACGAAUGUAGAAGAUACGUUGCAACGUCGCCACCUACAAAAGGCACGAACGCAAGUGUCGCUUCUUCGUCGGUGAACGGAGCUGCGCAAGAUGGCAUAUCAACCCGGGAAGAAAUCGUGGACUUGUACAGCACGCUGUCACCUGGCCUCAUUCUUUCGGACUUUUGUCUAACCAGCAAGGACGAGCUCGCAUGCAUAGACAUCCGCCGCUUUAUAACCUUUGGUAUUAUCAAAGGCUUUCUCCGGCGCAUACAUAAGUAUGCUCUAGCCAUGGAGCGCAGACCAGCAUCACCUGUCUCCACCCGCUCCAACAAGCAGUCUUCGGGCUCCAAUAGCCGCAGAUCAAGGCUUCCGAGGUCUGGCGAUGAUGCAGUGAGGGACUUUGAAAGGGCAUGGCGGAAAGCUGCUCUGACUAGUGGAUGGGCUACACCACCUUCGGGGCCACAUCCGGCGAGUCUAGGCAAGAGUUACAAGAGUGCGGAUCGGGUCAGAAGUGAGGAAGAUGAGAAGUUACGAUCUUUCCUAGAUGGACAGCAUUGUAUGGACCAGAUAUGUGUCGAGAUGAGGAUGAGUGAGAAGAAAAUUUUGGAGAGGUUGAGGAGUGGGAGACUUGGCGAGGUGAUUCUGUUUAACAAGUGA